UUAAAUAUUAGAGCACCACCGGCCAGCAUGUUACCUGAAGUGGGUUAAAAAUUGGUGGCCAAGCGUUUAUAGCCACGUGGCUUUUUUUAUCCUUCGAUGUCGGCUCCAUCCACCAUUGUGAAGUAGAAUUCACCCACUAAUAAGGAACGUGAGCUGGGGAGAUCGUCAUGAGACAGGUUACUUUUACCCUACUGAUGAUGUGUUGUUGCAACCGUAAUCCGAAGUCAAACUUUGUAGGCUAUUUUUUUUUUUGGCCCAAAUAAAAUGAUUGGCCUACAUGGCUUUCACUCACCGCUGUCUUGUAUGCAUGUACAUGUAGGCCUGGGACAAUAAUCAAUAAAUCAUUUAAUCGCACGAUAAAUGAAAAUUAACUUGAUAAUUUUGCCGGCCUCGAUAUAUUGCCAUGUGGAUACGUGUUUGUUUUUCUCAUCUCUCGCCUCCAAACAGGCAUGACGAGGGUUCACUCUGUGCAUUGGUCUCAGCACCUGGGUGAGUUUGUUCCACAGCGGAAUGAACAGAGUGAGCCCUCUUGCCAGUCAUACAGUCUCUCUGGGGAGAGGCGGGGCCGCUAGCAUAGACACACAGAGUGUAGCAAGUGAGCCUGAGAGCGACUCAUGGUAACAGAGUAGGAAUUUGGGAGGAAAAAAAUCAUUGAAAAGCAAAAUGCCACAGCCCCGGCGUGGGAAUAUUUCAGAUGGAACGGGAAGGAGCAAAAGCGAGUCUAUCGACAUGUACGAGCCAGUACGCCAAAUUUGUUCAAAAGUGGUCGCAAAAAAUGGCAACACUAAAAACUUGCAUUUUUACCCAAAAUACAACCACCCGACACAGUUUCCCAUGUGAGGAAAAAACUGCACCUCGAGAUGCAGAGCCUUCGUCCGGACAGUCAACACUGUGCCAUUUGGUCGACAAAGCAAAUGCAAACGAAACAGCGCACACCAUACAGAAAGUGUAAUUUGCGGCAUCGUAAAAAGAAUGCUGCUCAUGUGCACAUUUGAAAAGCCAGCAUUUCAGGAAAUGCUGCAAACGUUCGACACAGUACAAAUUGGCUGUGGGAAAAUACAGUACAUGUCAGGUAACAUACAGUAUGGUCCGUACCUCGAUAUUUGAGCUUCUCAGUUCUGGUCUGGUUUUGGUACGUCUUUUUAUGCAUAAAGAGAACAACAUUUUUCUCCCCAAAUGCUGUCGUUUUUAUUUUUAUUAAAUUAUUUCGAAAAUGAAAUUACAAUCUACAGGCAGGUAAUUCUCCAAUAAAUACAGUUUAAAAAUAAAUAAAUAUUCAUAUAGCAUACAGAAAAAGUGAAGGCUUUGGGGGGUCACUUUGUUAUGUACAUUAAAGAUGGUUAAACCAAUCUAUACUAUAUUAUAUACUGUAUAGCGAAAGGUAACUUGGCCCUCAAACUGCUGCACUGUGCCGUUAGCUCCCAGCUAACGUGGAUUUCAACCACGUAGGCUUAAAAUCAGUGUUCCCCAAAUUACGUCAGCAUGUGAAAUGUGCUACACAAGGGAAUAAUCUACUGGAUAAAGUCUACUUUUAACAUUUAAAAAGGGAUACAUGGCCAUACCAACACCCCACCUGGGCCAGUCAGACCACAUAUCCCUGUUUGUUACAUUCCUACAUCCUCAUUGGGAGGAGAGAUCUCAAAAACUGUCAAAAUAUGGCGGGAUUUAGACUCCUAAUAGCCGCAGAACUGUUUUAACAACACAGACUGAAGGAUAUUCCACUCUCAGGACCUGGAGGAGUACACCACAUCUGUACUCGACUACAUCAAGCACUGCACAGACACGGCCACGAUUGACAAGCGCAUCUGGAUUUUUGCAAACCAAAAAUCCUGGAUGACGAGAGGUCAGGACCUUGUUGAGGAGAGGCAUCAGAUAGGCAAAACUGGACCACAGAAAUAAAAUUGAUGAACAGCUCCACAGCAACAACUUGAGGCAGGCGUGGAAGCUCAGCAUUCAAUACCAUCAUCCUUAACAGGCUGGUAACAAAACUGAACAACCUAGACCUACCACAUUCCACCUGUCUUUGGAUCAAGGACUUCCUCAGUGACCACACACAGAGAGUGAAAGUGGGGCCUCACCUCUCCUCAGCAGUCUGCCUCUACACGGGCUCCCCACAGGAAGGUGUGCUGAGUCCUUGGCUUUUCACUCUCUACACAAACACAACUGCGUAAAGUACGCAGAUAACACAACAGUGGUUGGACUAAUCACAGGUGGAGAUGAGACUGCAUACAGGAAUGAGGUGGAAACACUGUCGUUAUGGUGCCGCAACAAUAACCUGGUCCUCAACACCACAAAAACGAAAGAAUUUUGGAUUUCAGGAAAAGCAAACCCGACCCUCUGCCCUUAUAUAUCAACGGGAACUGUGUGGAGAGGUUCUCUACUUUGAAAUUCCUAGGCUUGCAACUAGAGAACCGACACUACAACGCUGAUCAAGAAGACCCAGCAGCAACUAUACUGCAUUCCAGUGUGGUUUGUCAGCUGCACUGCUCAGGAAAGGACAGCUCUCCAGACGGUCAUCAACACAGCAAAAAAGACACAGGCUGUUAUCUUCUCUCCCUGGAGGGGCUGUACAGGUCCCACUGCCACAGGAAAGCCUGCAGCAUCCUGAAAGACCCUUCUCACCUUGCAUACCACCUUCUCCAAAUGCUCCCCGCAGGGAGGCGGUACAGGAUGCUAAAGGCAGAAACAGCAUACUGCGAAACGGCACAUUACAGGACCAUAGCAACAAUAAAUCUAUAACUGUUCCUUUUCACGUAACCCACCUGUGCAAUAUUUGAAAUGUGAAAUCUUGUAAUAUAACCAUGGUGCAAUAUUAAUAUAACUGAGUUCAGGGAAGCUUUUACAGUUUUUAUAGUUUCUAUUUUUUCUGUUUGUUUACAGUAUUUAUUUUUAGGAUAGUGCAAGUGCAACAGUAAAGAGUUUGAACAGGGUGAUGGUUGUAUUUUUAGUAAAGUUCUUACCUGAAGUGCGGUGUUAAAAGUUGCAGCAUGCAGAACCGUUCUCUUAUCUAAUGAACAAUGGCAGCACACUGCUUUCAUUUUAUGCAAUCAUCUUUGUCAAUUUACUACAGUUGUCGAGAAGUGCAAAACACCUUAAAAAAAAAAAAAAAAAGAAAAACAAAUUACAGUUACACCACCCAGAAUGGGAAUUUACCAAAUCCCAUAGUUAGAGGAAGUGACCAACCACCUCCAAGGAGUUGGUGUAUUCCUUUUCCGGUUAUUGUUGGUGGCCAUGAAGUGCAAAACACCUUUAACAAAAAGCAAAACAAAUUACAAUUAGACCACCCGGAAGGGGAUUGUACCACAUGAAUCAGACAGGAAGCGGUAACAUUUGGAGUUGUGGUGGGUGUUAAUGGAGGACAUUGGCAUCAUGUUUUGCCCAUUUUGUGGCACACACUUGCUUGAUGCAAUUUUGCUGCACGUGUCCGCUCGUUGGAGUUGUUAAAUAGUACUUACCAGAUGGAAGGACAAACCGCGGGGACAUCUCAACAGGCGAAUGCUGAACACCACGACAAAUCAAAGUUGUAUAACUGGUCAUCGAAAAGAAGAUUUGGAGUUAAAGAAAAAACAACGUCCAGGUAAUUAGUACACAUUGUUAUACUGUUGUGGACUAUCAGGCUCUACUUGUAGUGAGGCCAGGAGUGGUUGAGUAGCACAGUUGAAUUUAUUGAACAAAAUGAGAAUUGUUUUUUAAUAAUUUUCUGAUAUGCUGAGAUUUUAGAGCAGGGGCCCUCAGUACACGCGGCCCGCCAAAGCCUUUCAUAUGCAUUUUUAAAGCAUUUUCAAGCAUAAAAAUUGCUAAAUUAAGUAAAAUGUAAGGCAUUAAGAAGAUACAUUUCAAUUGUGAAAAUAAGUAUUCUACAAUGGUAACUAGGUGUCAGUAAUGUUACUGUAAUGUUUGGUGAGACACACAAGCACCAGACAAAAAACAGGAUUUUACCACACCACAAAACAAAAGUACUCCCAAGCUGAAACCUGAAGAUGAUGGGUAAAUAAUAAUUUGUAUUUUUGUAGUUUUACACAUGUACCAGAAUAAUUGAUCUAAUGAUUUUAUUAUUUGCACCAUAUUUCAGAGAUGCACAGGGAUCUCCAAGAACAAUUCAGUCCGAUGCUGAGGCUAUGGGUCCACCUGAAACAAGUACAGAUAAGACUUCUUGCUAUAGGUAAGUUAAAAUAAUGGCACGUUUUAAUGUUAUAUUUGUAGAAUAAAUGUGUUUGUGUCUGUUUUUAUUUUUAUUUAAGGAAAUUUGUCUCAUGCCUUUUUAGUUUUCUGCUAACACGUUAUCAAUUUGUUUCCGAUAUAAUUUGUGCCUUAGUGCAAUACAACUGAUGUGAUGUUUCUCUUUAUUGCCUUGUGUCGACCUGCAAGUACUCAUCCCAUCCCUCUUUAAAUCGGUGGUGUUGAACUCGCAACCAUUUACCCCAAAUUACAUUUGGGGUAAAUGCUGAAUUUGCUUAAGUGGACUGUGAUUGUAGAAAAACAAAUAUGUUAAUGUGAUUGUAUUUGUACAAUUUUCGCACUUGGCAAAUACAGGGUGUCCCAAAAAAAUGUGUACACACUUUAAAGGGACAGUUUGGAUUUUUCGACAUGAAGUUGUAUGACAUCCCCAUCAGCACUGUAGUCCAAUAACAGCGACUUACCCCCACUUGAAUACCUGCCACACUGUACGGUAGCCGAACAGCUAUCCAGGUCCACUUUUCAGAGACCUCAGACUUAUGUGUGCACUGUGUAAAAAUGACAACAUGUCAACGAUAGCUGUUUAUGAGUGUCCCUCAUUAAAAUAUUUGAUGGACUCAUGUAGUACAUUUAUUCCUUCCGUCUGGUAAGUACUAUUUAACAGCUCCAACGAGCGGCCAAAUAUGCAGCAAAAUUGCAUCAAGCAGAUCAAAUGUGUGCCACAAAAUGGUCAAAACAUGAUGCCAAUGUCCUCCAUUAACAUCUGCCACAACUCCAAAUGUUACCGCUUCCUGUCUGAUUCGUGUGGUACAAUCCCCUUCCGGGUGGUCUAAUUGUAAUUUGCAUUUUGUUACAAGUGUUUUGCACUUUGCGGCCCCUAACAUUAACCUGAAAAAGAAUGUACCAACUCCUUGGAGCUGAUUGGUCACAUCCUAUAUCUGGGAUUUGGGACAUUCCCCUUCCGGGUGGUGUAAUUGUAAUUUGUACUUCUUUUUGUUAACGUGUUUUGCACUUCUCGGUCACCGUAAUUUACAGUGGUGAGGUGUUCAAAAACAGGUGCACAGCACUUUGACGUAGGGGCCAAGAGGCAAGAGAUCCGCCGAGUCCGAGUUCUGUGAUAUAUACCCUGUCCAAUAUCCUGUCACCGAAUGGCUCGCCUUUUCGGCCGCUUUUAGGCAGGCUGUUGUACAGUGUGGGAAAUGCGACAGUACGUCGUGGGGACUCGGGAGGCCUUCUCACCAGCUUGGACAGGCACGCACGCACAAAAACGACAGUCCAUUUCCCUCAGUUCAUAGACAAAAGAAAUAUAUUGUCCUGAAAAAGCUCAAUUGUGAUGACUGAAAAUUAUUGUAUACGUUUAUUUUAUAUUCUAUUCUAAAUUAUAUUAUACUGGUUUACAUUAACUUGAACUCCCAACAAAUCAGAAUGUACUGUGUUCAACUUCCAAAGGGCCACUGUAUGGUCUAGAUCAAACACAUGGAAAGUAAAUAUAAGGCCCUUUAUAGGCAGGGUGCCAUAUUUGGUCACGUAACAAGCUUGGAGAACUACUUGGUUGUCACCCAUCCAGUCAGACCAUGUCAUUGCAGUAUUUAACCAAUCGGCAGAGUUCUGGGCGCGCCAUACUUUCUUGUUCUUUGAAAAACCAAAAAAGCAGACCUGCGGCUGGAUUUACUCUCACAUUUAUGGUUGUAUCUUCGCUGUAAGUUGUCGACGCUCAUAUAUGUUGUGGUUGAGGCUACGUACACUAAGUGGUGAUGUAAGUGUUGUUUGCGAUGAACUGAAAUGAGUGAAACUGCGCAAUGAAAAAUGUAGAUGACAUAUUUGAUCAUAUGCCAUGUUCACUGCCAAACUGCCGAAAGUCUGUUUGUAGACAUACCUCCAAUUUAUUCAAUGCACAUUUUCUGUACACUAAAGCAAUAAAACUUGCAACUUUAUGUGAUAGUGUUGCUGAAGAUUCAGUGAGACAUUUGUGUACAUUUUUAAGCUAUAAAUAGUGAUAUGAGUGAUUUUUGUUUGUUCGUUUUAUGACAGAAUAACAGUUUUAUUGCAUGUGUUUAUUUGUGUUAGUCUGAGAGCAUGUUUACAAUCCACAUACAUACCUAUAGCAAUAGACAAUGAUUUAGGCGCAUUAUUAUUUAUGUAUAUAUGUAUAGAUAUACUGUAUUAAUCCCAUGAAUAAUGAAAAAAUAUAUAUAUUUAUACAAUAAAGUUGAAUCAAUUUUUUUAUCAGGUAUGUGCUGGGCUGUUUUCUGGCAAAAAGAGGGGGACUGUGGUUGGGCCAGUCUACCCUGCCAACAGCAAUCGUGAUGAGGAGAAAGAUGAUGUGGCAGACCCAGCCUUUGUCCCACCUGACCACAACUUCGACAUUGCCAGCAAGCGGGAGGACAAUAAGCCUGCUGUGGAGGUCCUUGAGUAGGUCGAUGAUGGUGAUGAUGAGCCACCAGCACAGGCUGUAGACAUGCCAACCACCUGGCACAAAGUUCACCUGAACAUUGAAGCCCUGCCAGAGUACCAGGGCUUUCCACCUGACCACAUUGAAUCCCCCUUUGGCAACUUUGAGGUAUUUCAGCUCUGAAUUCAUUAGGCAUAUUGUAAUUCAAACAAAAUCCUAUGCAGCUCAAAAAGACAUCAUCACUUUUACCACCAAUGAGGGUGAAAUAAUGGGAUUGUUGAGCGUCCAUUAGUAAAUGAGUACUGGGCUGUGGAUACCAGGAUCCCUCAAGUUGCCAACCUGAUGUCAUCAAAGUGUUUCAAGCUGCUGAAAAGGCUGGUUCACUUAAACAAAGAACUCUGGCACUGGUGAACGUCCCGCAAAGUGGAGCCCAUAUCAUCAGUCAUCGAGCAAUGCAGUGACACCAACAGGAACGAGCCUGUUAGCUGUCUAGCUGUUAUCCAGAGCUACAAUGUCAACAAGGAAGCCAACAAGUGUGACAUGUUGGUCCAACGCUACUGCACCCCCAUGAGGUCUAAGAGGGGGUAAUAAUGGCUUCUUUACGUACACAGUUGUCAGCCUCACACAUGCCUGGGCCAUCUACAAGCAGGACUGCACAGCCCUUGGUGAGAAUGGCCUGUCCCUGAAAAAUUUGAGUCGGAAGUGUAAGAGGGUGCCAUCGGACAGGGAGCACUCAAAUCUUACUCGCGAACAAGCUCACCUCCAACUGUUGACAGCCAUAGCACAGUUGUUGAUAUCACAACAGCUGUCCGAGGACACCGCAGCCACAUCCCAAGUGAUGCUAUGCGGGUUGACAAGUCCCUCUUCCACACCCCUGUACACACCACAAGGCAGACCUGCAAAUACUGCAGCCGGAAAGGGAACAUUGUGCGCUCAAAUGUGGCCUGCAGGGUCUGCAAGGUCCACUUCUGCAUGAACACAGAGCACAACUGCUUUAUUAUUUACCAUGAAGCACAUUCCUAAUGUUUAUAAUAAGAUGGCGGAAGACACGCUACAGAAGACCAUCGUAGAAUUUCCAAGAAUGAUGCCCUACAAGCCUUGCACUGUCGUUACUGGCUCACGUGAGCGCCGACCUUUUCUGAAGAGACUUUUUCAAGCCUGCAAGGACUUUCCUGAAGACGAAAAACCUCUGAUUGCCAAAGUUAUUACCAAAGAUGAUUUAGAAUUAAUGGACACGGCUCUUGGUAAUGUGUUUAAAGGUCCUGCCUGGUCCUGCCAAUCAUCAAGACAGGACUUUACAUAUCACAGUGAUGCUCCUCAAUGCCCGCAGCUGCCCCUCAAAAAUCACUGCUUGAAACUAGUGACGACUCUUCCAAAGGUCAGUGCCAGACAGCUCAAGGAUGUCAAAGUCUUCAUGGGCAUUAAUUGUGAUGCACCGAGCAAUCUGGAGAACAUACUCGAGCAUAAGGAGGAGCAACUGCAGCAGUUUCAUCUGAGCAACUCUUUUCUAUCAGGACCUUCUAUCAGGAGUCACCAAACACCCCUGAUACUCAAGAUGGUCAACAAAAGCUGUUCACACACAUCAGAGCAAGAAGAGGAGGAAAGGAGUCAAGCACUCCGUGAGUACUGUCGAAGUAUAUGUGUCAACUGGUCGCCCUGUGGUAUGGUUGUCCAUCCAAAUAUUCCAUGGCUGGGAGCCCUGCCGCACGGCAUGGUGUACGACCCCAAGGAGGAUCCCAUGUUUGGAUUGGUCCACAUCAGCUGCUCCAGCCUCCAGAGCUUCAUGGCCUGCCCCUUUUUGAGUUUCGAGAAUGGAGUGGUGCGCCUGAAAACCAAUGCUCUCCACUACUGGCACAUCCAGGGAGAGCUGAUGGUGACGGGCAUGUCAUGGUGUGACUUGGUGGUAGUUGCCAAAGAUGACAUAUUGGUUCAGAGAAUUUACCGGGACAGAGGCACCAUUGAGGGCAUGAAGAAAAAGUUGGAUAUUUUUUAUUUUCAUUACUAUCUGCCAAGUAUUAAAAAAAAUGGAAAAUAAAAAAAUCUGCCAAGUAUUUCAAAGACCUGUGUAAAUGUUUCAUUCAUUCAUAAUGGAGUGAUUUGUACAAGAUGUAAUGAGUGCUUUGUUCUUGUUACAAUUCUUCCAGGUACUUUUGAUAAUAAUAAUGAAUUAGAUUUAUAUUAGAUAUGCUCAAUAAUGGCUCUCAUCAGGCCAGAGGGGUCCCAAUGAGAUGUUUUUUAAUGGGGCCCAGGAUCCCUGACGACGCCGUGUUGAGCUUACACAAUGUCGGCGGACAUCUUAAUAUCUUUGGUUAAACAUAUUUAUAAUCCAAACUUGGCGGCCAUACUAAACGAGUAAGCUUGUUGAUGUGCGGAAUACAUUAUCGUUCGCCUGCCAAUCGCUCAUUUUUAUGCCAGCGUCGGUCAGCCGAUAUCAGACAUUCCUAAUUUGAUACCCAAAGCGCUACUUGGCGGUGGUCGAAAACUGUAGCCACAGCUGCCCUUGAGUAUACUGAAGGACAGAAACGUGGCUGUCAAUUUGAACUAAUACAAAAUUAAACGUCUCAAAAGAAGUCGAGCUUAUGUAUGUAAAGAGAAUGUAAUGUAUGCUAAUCGCUUCAUGGCGGUGGUAGACAUCUGUAGCCACAGCUGCCCUGGAGUAUACUGACGGACGGAAACGUAGCUGCCAAUUUGCACAAAUACAAAAUUAAACGUCUCAAAAGAAGUACAGCUUAUGGAAAGAGAAUGUAAUAUAUGCUAAUUAUUUUCCCAUAUCGCCACACAAUCGUUAUAUAUGUAAACUGCGGUGAACUGGACGAGUUUGUGGUCCCGAACUUUAGCUUUACAGAAGUCAGUAUUUAAAUGACACUUUGUGUUGUAUUCUUUUGAUGUAAGAUUUCCGGCUUAUUCUAUCAUGUUUUCAUACACUCUGUCUACAGUAUCUAUUUGUAUUUGUUUGUCUUUUCUGACCAAGAGCAUUCUUUUUUUGUGAGAUAACAUUAAUCACAAACUUUAUAACGAUGUGCGAAACGUUACUGUUAUGCUAUGUUUUGUCCUUGUGUUCUUUAUGGUGCAAAGAAUAACAUAUCUUUGAUUUUUGUUUUUUUAUGGAUAUUUUUAGCACAAUGUAUGCUGUUUUUUUUCUUGUGUUCUUUGUGGUGCAAACGAUAACGCACAUCUUUGAUUUUUGUUUUUAUGUGUCAUAUUGGGUUGUUACCUUUUGUCCUGUAUUUGCACUCCAUAGCUGUUGCUGGUAGAACGACUUAACAAUUAGAGCAAGACGUUUUAACUAUUUGUAUGGUAAUCAAACACUGUCUCCUUUAAAAAAAAAAAAACUGAGUGUCAAUAAAAGUCUUUGUUACAUCUUACAGGUUGUUUGGACUUACAUUUUAACACUUACCAACUUUGCAUAGAAUACCGAGAUACCAUUCAGCCAAAAAGUAUGACUACUGGCCAUAUCACCCAGUCCUAAAGUAAUCAAGUGUUGUUUGUGAAUGCAUGGUAAAAUUGAGCUUGUUCUCACUGAACCCCAAAUAGAUAAUGAAAUUAAUUAUACCUUAGGAAAAAUAAGUAGCAGAAAACUGGUGGUGAUGUUUGUGUCUCGCUGCCCUGUCGUCAUUUUGAAGCACAGUUUAUGAUAAAGGCAGUUUGUGUUACACUCCAGUCUUAGAAUGACCACCAACUAUUGUGAUUUUAGAUUAGGGAUACAAAAUAUAAACAAGCAAAAUACACACUUCCAAAUAAUGUUCACCAAGUGUUUUUACAGAUUUAUCAUUGAUGUGUGAUUGUUGUUCGAAAACCACAAUGAACAAGAUGACCGGAAAAGAAAUAGGAAGUGCAAUUAAUGCAUCAAGAUGCAGAAUUGCAUGUCACCAUGAAGAAAACCAUUCUUGCAGCAUCAUUCAUGACGUUAAAAAGUGGAAGCAUUUUUUCAUCUCCAGUGUUAAUAUAAUUACUAAUCCAUCCAUCCAUUUUCUCUACAAUUGUCCUCAUCAUGGUCACAGGUGAGCUGGGGCCUCUCCCAGCUGACUUUAAGUGAGGUGGGGUUCACCCUGGACAGGUCACCGCCAGCCAAUUGCAGGACACGUGUAGACAAAAAAAUGGAAAGUGAAAUAUAAAGAAUAGAAUUUAAGUACAUUGUGCACAAUUUAUGUUUACCUUGUUUCUCUCAACUAAACAGCAUAGAAGAUGAUUGAUGUAAUAAUUAUUCAGAUGGCGCUACA